AUGAACAGAGACAAAGACUGUGCAAAGAGAGCUAGGGAUGAUGCUCAAACACCAGAGAAGAUACAAAAGGCCUUUGAUGAUAUUGCCAAAUACUUCGCUAAGAAAGAGUGGGAAAGGAUGAAAGCCUCGGAGAAAAUCAUCUAUGUGUAUAAGAAGAGAAAGUAUGAGGCCAUGACUAAACUAGGUUUCAAGGUCACCCUCUCAACUUUCAUGCGUAAUAAACGGGCCACAGACUUCCAGCGGAAUGAUUCUGAUAAUGACCGUAACCGCGGGAAUCAGGUUGAACGUCCUCAGAUGAGUUUCGGCAGGCUCCAGGGAAUCUUCCCGAAGAUCAUGCCCAAGAAGCCAGCAGAAGAAGGAAAUGAUUGGAAGGGAGUGCCAGAAGCAUCUGACCCACAAAACCAUGGGAAACAGCUGUGCCCUCCGGGAAAACCAAAUACCUCUGAGAAGAUUAACAAGAGAUCUGGACCCAAAAGGGGGAAACAUGCCUGGACCCACAGGCUGCGUGAGAGAAAGCAGCUGGUGAUUUAUGAAGAGAUCAGCGACCCCGAGGAAGAUGACGAGUAA